GUCUGCAGCAGUUUGCCCAUUGAUACUUGGACUUAACCAAACCAGAAGUUAUCAACUGAAGGGUCUGCUUAUUUCACACAAACACAACUUGAAGAAAAUGGAGACAAUGCAGGAGACCAUUCUAUUCGCUAAGGAGUUGCUGAAUGCAAAACCCUCAAAGGGCUCCAUGAAAGUCUACCUAGUGGGUGGCACCUUCGCAGUCCUGGGCAUAGCGAGUGGUGUGGUUGAGGCCGUCUGUUCACUCUUCCCGGAGGAUGAAACGAGCGCCCUUCAGAUACUGAUGGAGGAGACUGUGAAAGUGCCGGCCCAGACACAAGAGCCACAGACGAUCCUCCCUGAAGACGACGAAAUGGAUGCUGAGAUGGAGGCCAAGGCCAAAGAAAUGCCUAUGCUCAGGCAGCGGCGCAUGAGUUUCAGAACCCAUGCUUCCUAAAUACACGCACAUACAAACACACAUACACACACAGAUUAUACAGCAUUUGCACUGAAGCCUAUGUAUGCUGGGAAGAAACGAAGAAACGAAAUGGAAAGUGUGUAUGGGGAUAAAAGGCUGUUGAGCAGCUGAUGUUGGAAAUAUCUGAGCGCCCUGUGUUAUCAAGUGUUACAUGUAAGUUUGUUAAGAAGAUGUAAUGAUUUUAUACUGGCUGAAUGUUAUUUAUAAAGGUUGUAUUAAGUCUUUAUGGAGUUUGCUUUCUCUGAUCGCAUCUAAAUGAAUUGCAGAUUGUAGACAACUGUGUAUGUUAUAGGAACAAAUAAAUAUAUUUUCUUCCA